AUGAUCGACUUUACUCUUACCCCCCACCAGAUCGGCAUUAAAGAAAGAGCGCAGAAGUUCUCAGCCGAUGUCUUGUGCGAUGCUGCUAGUGUCUACAACCCGCACUCAGAUCAAAAGUCUCGAUUCCAGGCUACGAAGCCUUUUUACCGUUCAGCAGUCCGAGAUGGACUACUAAAGUCAUUUUUACCCACCCCACUGGGAGGAAGUUCUGAGGGCUUCGUCGAUGCCGUGAUUGCGAUUGAAGAGCUGUUCGCUGUCGAGCCUGGCAUCUCACUCACUCUCGCUGCCACAGUGCUUGGUCUGCUUCCUCUGAUCCUUGCGGGAACCCCAGAACAGCAUGGAAAGUAUCUGGAGAAAUUUCUCUCUGGCGAAGGGGAGCCUCUGGCAAGUCUUAUGCACUCAGAACCUGGUGGCACCGCAAACUGGCUACAGAAGGGAAGCCCUGGUCUUCAAACCACUGCACGCCACUCUGGAGAUGGGUGGAUUAUCAAUGGAGAAAAGCUUUGGACCUCUAACAGCGCAGGAUGGGACAACAAGGGGGCAGAUCUCGCCUGUGUUGUUUGCAGAUCGAUCACCGACGAGAACACAGAGCAAGACCCAGAGACUGAUCCAGCAUCCAGCAUCAUCAUUCUCCUUGUCACCCGAGAAACGAUUGCUGCCAACAACGCUGAUGCAUACAAGGUCCUAGGUGAACUAGAACUCAUGGGCCAUAUUUCAACGUCAGGACCACACACCCGUUUCGCAGACUUUUACGUGCCCAGUGACAAUCUUCUAGGUCCCCCCGCUAAGGGAGCUGGAAUCAUAGAAAGAGCUUUUGGAAUUUCGGCAGCACUCGUUGGCGCAAUGGCUACGGGCAUCAUGCGCACAGCAAUCAAAACAGCACUUGAUUUCGCAAAGUCGGAUACUCGUGGGGGUUCUAAGCCAAUUAUCAGUCAUCAAAGCGUUGCCGACAAAUUGAUUGACUGA